AUGGAGAAGGGUUGGCCGGUCUUCCUGGCUACCAACCUCCUGGUCCAGCACAACCAGUUUCUACACAACUACCCCUCACUGGCACCACUCAGCCAAUCAGCAUCCAGCAUCCAGAUCCGUCCUAUGAGCGGCUUUGAGGACGUGACAGCGGCCGUGUCAGAGCUCAGAGAUCAACUACAGGAGGUCCUGAGAGACAAGUGGACAGGGACUGAAGUAGACGUUUUACUGCCUCAACCAGAGCCCAAGACCAGAGCUGACUUCCUAAAAUAUUCACGAGACCUUACACUGGAUCCAAACACAGCAAACACACAUUUGUUAUUAUCUGAGGGGAACAGGAAAGCAACGUACGUGAGACAACAACAGUCUUAUUCUAGUCACCCAGACAGAUUCACUGUCUGGCCUCAGGUCCUGAGUAGAGAGAGUCUGACUGGACGCUGUUACUGGGAGGUGGAGAGGAGAGGGGAAGGCGUACAUGUGGCCGUCGCCUACAAGAACGUCAGCAGAGCGGGGGGGGAUUGUGGAUUCGGAGAAAAUGACAAAUCGUGGGCGUUAGAUUGUGAGACUAACAGUCAUUCAUUUUGGUACAACAAUGUCCAAACUCCCGUCUCAGGUCCUGUGUCCUCCAGAGUAGGAGUGUACCUGGAUCACAGUGCAGGUAUUCUGUCCUUCUACAGCGUCUCUGAAACCAUGACGCUCCUCCACAGAGUCCAGACCACGUUCACUCAGCCCCUCUACGCUGGACUUUAUCUUUAUUACGGACACACGGCUGAGCUGUGCAAGCUGAAAUAGACAGAGGUCAUUGAUAGGGUUUCCUCUGAAGC